AUGAAAGAGGAGACUCGACAUUCUAUCAAGGGAUUGAUGAUAAAGAUGCAACUUGUUGAUUUUCUUGCUUAUAAGUACGCGAGAAAUCAAAAGGAUAUUCCAAGCUCAAUACACGAGAAGUCAGAAAGUAGAAAAACUAAGGAUAUCAAAAAUGCCAUAUUAAAACAGAAAGAGCGAACGGUUGGAACGUUUUGUCCAAGCAUUCCUUUAGAGCCCUGUUUUACCAUACUGGACAAACCAUCCCUUGAGGACGAUAACCUUGUAGUCAUUCGUUAUUUAAAGUCGGCGGAUGCGCCUGAGAUUACUUUGACUACGGCAGAGUUGGAAACCCCUCAAGAAUUGACAUGGAAGAAUUUCAACACUAAACAUUGGCCUGUGAAUAAACUUGUAGUAAGGAACCUUUACACACGUUUAAUGAUAGCGAUGGGUUUUAUAAUGGAGGCUCUUGAAUUUGAUCCCCAUCAGUGGCAAAAUGUGCUCGUUCUCGGUUUAGGAGGCGGUUCUAUGAGCAAUUUUCUUAGUUUCGUUGAUUUUGUAAUGGUUAACGUUACGUCCGUAGAAAUAAGCGAUUCUAUGGUUGAAAUAGCGAGAGAAUGGUUCGGAUUGGCUGAAAGUGACACUAAUACAGUAGUUGUUCAGGAUGCAUUAGUGUUUGUACAUAAUGCAGUUAAGCGAGGAGAAAAGUACAAGUCAAUAUUGUUAGAUGCAUGUUUGAACGAAAGGCAGCCAAUUAUAUGUCCUAUACCUGAAUUCAGGGAGUCUAACACUAUUCAGGAUAUAGCUAACAUACUUGACGAUGAAGGUGAUUAUGGAUAUGUAGAAACAUAA